AUGGCUGGAGUUGUAGCUUUAUUCAGCACUUUAGCUCUUAAUUUAUUGUGUUUGGCCAUGGCUUUUGAUCAUUCUCCUUUACAAGAUUUUUGCGUAUUCGAUGCCAAUAGCCCCGGAUGCAAGAACCCGGGAACUGUUACAGCCGACGACUUCUUCUACAGCGGGCUGCAUUUGCCAGCAAACACGAGUAACCCCUACCGAGCUGGGCUGAAAGCAGCCCGAAUCCCGGGCAUGAAUGGUCAAGGGCUGACGCUGGCCCGCCUCGACUUUCUGCCAGACGGACUCAUCCCGCCCCACUAUCACCCAAGGGCGGCCGAGAUUCUAACCGUUCUAGAAGGUUCCUUGGAAGUCGGGUUCGUGAAGUCAUACCCUAACUACAAACAUUACGGUAAAGUUCUUAACAAGGGCGACGUCUACGUCGUCCCCGUUGGGCUUGUCCACUACCAGCGCGGCGUUGGGAAUGCGAACACGGUGGUUCUGUCGGCGGUGAAUAGCCAGAACGCCGGAAUUGUGGAAGUUGCCGCCGGUAUCUUCGGCGCCAAGCCCGUGAUUGACAGCAAUUAUCUAGCAAAUGCUUUUAGAUUGAAUAAGGGAAUUGUGGAGCAGCUUCAAUCCAAGUGUUGGUCUUGA